GGUUUUAUCAGUUCGAGCAAGUUGAACGGUGUGCCAGAGAGUCUCAGGUCUGCCCCACAUUUUCAGUCACUCGCACGCGACAGCGCAUACCGCAGGUGCGAGUUGAUCGUUCGCGAAUCCUAGAUAGAUUGGCUUUUACAAUUUUUUCUAAUCUCGUCAGGUGAUAUCAAUCGUUUUUACUUCGGUUCGAAAUAAAAACGCGAAGUAUUAAUCGUUCGACAAUAAUUUGAAGUAAAAUACGCUUUCGUUGAUAGAAAAGUAGAUGAGAUCUAGGAAAAUAUUAACAAAAGUAAAGCUUCAAUAUGGAAGACGACGACUUUGGGUUUACCAAAAGGGACAAUAGAGCCCUAGUGAAGGUUUUAACCGUUGAAAAAGAAGGAGGACAAAUACAAGAGGAGAAAGAGCUGUCUUCAGCGCCGACGAGGGCUGUGGCUGCCAGUGGAAGCGGUGGAAACAACGUUCCUGACCGUUCUAAGACCGCCCCCUCGUCAGUCCCAAACAACACGCCGAACAUACCGAACGUCGUCGAGUAUCAUCUCAAAGUCAAACCUUCUUCUAAAUCUUACAAACUCGAAGAACAAUCUAAAAAUAAUCGUACAGAAGAAAUGAAGAAUUUGUCAUCAUCGACGGAAAAGAAGAAAGACCUGAUAACAAAAUUAUCUCGUCUGUCGAUCGACAAUAAUGUGUUCGAGGGGUCGACUGAUUUGCCGCAGGUGUUUCAGGUCAAAUAUUUAGGAUCCCACGAUGCAAGGGGCCUCUGGGGCAUAAAACAUACCAGACAACCGGUCGAUAACAUGGUGACUUCGGCUAAAGCUUUACCGACCAAUACGAUGCUGCCUUUGAUCAAACUAGUUGUCUCUCAAGAAGGUGUAGCACUUUUACCGCUCGACAAAAGGAAGCAGGAAACAAAUUCAUCGAGAAUGUACGCGAUCGAGAAUAUUUCUUAUGGUGUACAAGAUCUCGUUUAUACCAGGGUAUUCUCAAUGAUCGUUGUACGUGAAACGGACAAUUUUCGAAGGGUUUCACCUUUCGAGUGUCAUGGCUUUGUUUGCGAAUCGAAACAUCAUGCCAGACAACUCACCUAUGCACUCGCAACUGCAUUUGAGAUUUAUUCGAGAAACGUUAAAAUUCAGGACAAAGCUAAUUCCGAAAAUGUGGUCAGUAAUACCAAGAAAAGGUUCGCCAUUGAUCUACGAAGUCCUGAAGAAAUCGAAGCCGAUCUUUGUAUGGAUUCGGAAGCGUGAAUGAUUUUAUUUCUCGUUAAUUAAUCUUGUAAUUUAAACGAACAUUUCUUUUUUUUUUUUUUGUCGACAUUUCUUUCGUUCAAAUGUAAUAUGUGUAAUUAUGUUAUUUAAUGAUACAAAAAUUACAUUUCGAACGAUUUGAAAGAUUUCUAUGUUAAUUUCGCGAAGAACAUUUCUGUCGAGAACGUUGCAUUUUAUAAGAAACAGAAUGAUACAGGGUUACGACAAUAGAAAAUUGUUUCUAUGCACAAUUAAUGAAAAAUAUCUAUCUAGUGUAUUAUAGAUUUUUGGCUUUAUAGCAUAAUUCCUACAGAGUAAAUUAUUUCGAAUGUUUAUAUACUUGUGUAUAUAUUUUACUUAAUUAAAAAAAAAAAAA